UACAUGUAUAUGCAAGUAUAUAGUUUCUUUCCCUUUGAUUUCCUUCUACGAAGACUCUCACUCAAGUUAAAGUUAGAUAUAUAUAUCAAUGAGCAAGAAAGCAUCAUAUAUGGAUGCUAAAAGGGAAAGAAAUUCAAAGGAAGUAGCUGAGAUGAUAACGAAUAGUUGUGAUGAUCAAGAAGAAGAAACGAUGAUCGAAGAUCUUCGAAGAGGCACGUGGACUGCUGAAGAAGAUAUGGCUCUCAUGAAUUACAUCUCUCACCAUGGUGAAGGCCGUUGGAAUUCUCUAGCUCAUUCAGCAGGACUGAAAAGAACCGGAAAGAGCUGCAGAUUAAGGUGGCUGAAUUAUUUACGUCCAGAUGUUCGACGUGGAAACAUCACACUCGAAGAACAACUCGUGAUCCUUGAACUUCAUUCUCGUUGGGGUAACCGAUGGUCAAAAAUUGCUCAACACUUGCCAGGAAGGACGGAUAACGAGAUCAAGAAUUAUUGGAGGACAAGAGUUCAAAAACAUGCCAAACAGAUCAAAUGUGACGUGAAUAGCAAGCAAUUUAGAGACACUGUGCGCUACCUUUGGAUGCCUAGAUUAGUUGAAAGAAUUCAAGCUGCUAGUGGCGAUAGUACUGGCUUUGCCAAGGCAACAGAAGCCACUAGCUACAAUAAUAGCAACGACAAUAUUAAUAACUUAAGUGUUCCGAGCCAAGUAAUCGUAAUGCCAGAGACAGACAAGAUGAUGUGUGACAAUUUGGAGAGCAUGGUCCAGUCCGAAACUAAUAAUCCUAGUAGCUUCACACCGGAAAAUUUCAGCACCAUUGCCUCAUUGGAGACUGAUUCCUACACUAAUCUUUCUCUUGAUCUAAUUAAUCCUAUUCAGAAUUCUUAUGUUUCCGAUGAGCUCGGGUUCACAGAUACCCUAAUGAGCCCCGUGGGUUACUAUAACCAAGGUUUAGGAUAUCAGUUUAUAGAGCAAAAGACCAGUAACCCUUGGAUGGACAGUGGGGAAAUAUUGGAUAACUUCUGGAGUACUGCUGCUGAUAUCUGGAUACUAAAUUAAACAACUAAUAUAUAUAAACAUUAAACAGAUGAACUACAAAUAAAGUAACUUGACAUAUAUAUAUAUAGGCAAAUUAAAUAUAUGUAUUUCCAUUUCAUCAAACUAAUAAACUGAACUACUGAGAUACAUCCGGAAGGGGAAGAUUUAAAUACUAACUGCUGGUGGGGUUUCCCUGUGUUAUCUUUUUUGGGUCUGAUUUAGUAUGAUAUUAGUUUUAAGGUUUUUUAAUGUCCUUGUUCUAAAGACAGC